UGAUGAUGAUGUUAUACGAGCGAGAGACUCAACGGUUAUGGAAUCCGACUGAGAGAAAAUGCUUUAAUCUUCUUCAACAAUGUCACCGAAACGGAAGAUUCUCUCUUCUUCAAAUUCAUGCUUUCAUGCUCCGCCACGCCAUUGAGACGAACGUUCAGAUCUUCACCAAAUUCUUGGUUAUUUCUGCUUCGGCUGUUGGAAUUGGUUAUGCACGUAAGUUGUUCGAUCAAAGGCCUCAGAGAGACGACAGUUUCCUCAGUAACUCUAUGAUCAAGGCCUAUCUUGAAACCCGUCAGUAUCCUGAUUCGUUUGCUCUUUACAGAGAUCUUAGGAAGGAGACUUGUUUUGCUCCUGACAAUUUUACUUUCACGACUUUGACAAAGUCAUGCUCUUUGAGUAUGUGUGUUUACCAAGGUCUGCAGUUGCAUAGCCAGAUUUGGAGAUUUGGUUUUUGUGCAGAUAUGUAUGUUUCGACUGGAGUUGUUGAUAUGUAUGCUAAAUUUGGGAAGAUGGGAUGUGCGAGGAAUGCGUUCGAUGAAAUGCCUCACAGAAGUGAGGUUUCUUGGACGGCUCUAAUCUCUGGGUAUAUUAGGUGUGGGGAGCUGGAUUUGGCGAGUAAGCUCUUUGAUCAGAUGCCUCAUGUUAAGGACGUUGUGAUAUAUAACGCAAUGAUGGAUGGUUUUGUUAAAUCUGGUGAUAUGACCUCUGCUAGAAGAUUGUUUGAUGAGAUGACUCAUAAAACUGUCAUCACUUGGACCACUAUGAUUCACGGUUACUGCAACAUUAAGGACAUAGACGCCGCUAGGAAGUUGUUUGAUGCUAUGCCAGAGAGGAACCUAGUUUCUUGGAACACAAUGAUUGGGGGAUACUGUCAGAAUAAGCAACCUCAAGAAGGUAUAAGGUUGUUUCAGGAAAUGCAGGCAACCACCUCGCUAGAUCCGGAUGAUGUGACUAUUUUGAGUGUGCUACCAGCUAUUUCUGAUACUGGUGCUCUCAGUCUCGGUGAAUGGUGUCACUGUUUUGUGCAGAGGAAAAAGCUCGAUAAGAAGGUGAAAGUGUGUACAGCAAUUCUUGAUAUGUAUUCGAAAUGCGGGGAGAUAGAGAAGGCGAAAAGAAUCUUUGAUGAGAUGCCAGAGAAACAAGUAGCGUCUUGGAAUGCUAUGAUACAUGGGUAUGCUUUGAAUGGGAAUGCACGUGCAGCUUUGGAUCUAUUCGUAACAAUGAUGAUAGAAGAAAAGCCAGAUGAGAUCACAAUGCUCGCGGUUAUCACAGCUUGUAACCAUGGUGGAUUAGUGGAGGAAGGAAGAAAAUGGUUCCACGUGAUGAGAGAAAUGGGCCUGAAUGCUAAAAUUGAGCACUAUGGCUGUAUGGUUGAUCUACUAGGCAGAGCAGGGAGCCUAAAAGAAGCAGAGGAUUUGAUUACCAACAUGCCUUUUGAGCCAAAUGGUAUUAUUCUAAGCUCUUUCUUGUCUGCGUGUGGUCAAUACAAAGAUAUAGAAAGGGCUGAGAGAAUUCUGAAGAAGGCAGUCGAAUUGGAACCUCAGAACGAUGGGAAUUAUGUGCUGUUGAGGAACUUGUACGCUGCAGAUAAAAGAUGGGACGAUUUCGGGAUGGUGAAAAACGUGAUGAGGAAGAACCAAGCCAAGAAAGAGGUUGGAUGUAGCUUGAUUGAGAUAAAUUAUAUCGUUUCGGAGUUUAUAUCAGGAGAUACAACCCAUCCUCAUCGGCGAAGCAUACAUUUGGUUCUCGGAGACCUGCUUAUGCACAUGAAUGAGGAGAAAUACAACUGGUGAAAGCAACUCACAGUUUCAUGUUAGGCCAUCAAAUGCUUCUACUCAUUAUGAAAUACUUGGGGCGAUAAGAGUUAGUAGUGGCAUUCUAAGAGAUCUCAUUGGUUUAUUUCAUAUACUCUUUCUCAAUAGGAACAGUCUCCUAAAAUAAGUUGCAGAGAAGCUUUCUCUUCCAUUUCUUCAUUUCUCUCUCUCUUUCAAUUUAACCAUAGAGAGCAUCAAUGUCUUCUACAUGUUCUCUAGCGCUUGUGAGAGCUUUCCUCUCACAAUGGCUCUGAAAACUGCGUUUGGAUACCAGCUUUCUCUGGUCUCAAAUCCACUUCCCCACGCACCAGUGGCACCAUCUCUUCCCGUCGACGCAACGCCUCGAUGACCCAGCUGCUGAUGUUCCAAAGGUAUCUAGUAGGCCAAGGAGUUCAAGGUUCCUUUACUGCUGAACAUAAAAAACCUUGGGAAUGCACCUACCCGAUGGUCUCUCAUGCAAUAGGUCAGAGGGAGAAAAGCUGGGUUUCUUGUGAUGUAUAUUUUUCGCUCUCUUAAACUUUAUUGUCCGAGUGUUAAGUUUUUCUUGCUGUGUAAACCUUUCUUGUUCCAAUUUCGAAUUCUCAUCUUCUUUGCAAUCAUUUUCUUUAAUCUUAGAAUCGGCGUCUUCAAAAUGGUGUUUUCUCCUUAUUUGAAACUUUUUGCUUUGGGGAAAAAUAUGGAUUGUUUUUGUGUAACUGUAAGCCUUACUCAUUUCUCUUAAUAGCCAAAUCCUUGUUUGUUAUGUGUUUGAGUUUUAUGGCUAGAUCGAAAUGGUCCUACUUCAAUGCAGGUAUUGGGAGGCCAAGAAGCAAAAGAAGAAUCAAGGAAAGACUGGAGAUACCCUCCGUGAAAACUUCCCCAGAGAUGAACAGAUUAGAUUCGGUGAUGUGGUGCAAGCUCCACCAAAGUUGGCUCUUGUUCCAAAGGCAAGAAAGUAUACUCUAAGUGCUCCGCAGGCGAGGCUACAAUUAGAGGCCAUCGAUGCUUACAGAUCUCGCAAGGGAUGGAUCGCAAGACCAGGUGUUCCCAUUCCUGCCAUGGUCACGCAAUAAGAUGGACCACGAGUGAACUCUUUUUUGUUAUCUGCUGUUUUUUUGUACUAGGUGGCUGUAAAAUUAUACAAUAUUGUGUCUUGUUCAUCAGAUAUAAUAUAUGAUAGCUGAGUCAUCCAAAGAUCUAUAAAAGCAGAUUAUUUAUUACAUGGAA